AUGGCUCUCACAUUUCCACCCAUCUAUCUUCUUAAAUUUCAUCUUGAGCGCGAUCCAAAGGAGCUUCACCGGCUCGAGGAAGCUAUCCAUGUGGUGUGGGAUAUCAGGGAGGCAAAAUUGGUUCUCGGGAUAGUGAAAUCGAAGAGUAGAGCGACUCUCGAGCUUCGAAAACUCGGUCUAGACACCGAAGAGGUGGUGAAGGUGCAGAAACACGGAGCAGGGGGAGGACAAGCAAAAGCCCGAAAUCCACACUCGAAUAAGCGCCGCAAGAUAGACGGCAUUACUGUUGAUGGGAAGGAGGUCAUCACCCUGGAUUCGGAGACAGCGUUAGAACCCGAUACUAGCAACGAAGACAGUUUCCAGAGGAAGAGGAGCGCUGCUCGAGGCAGUUCCCCUGCAAAGAGUAGUCCUCUUGAGAAAAGACCGGUAUCAUCUCCUGGGUCCACAAUUCAACCUAGUGGCGAGACCAUCAAGGUGCUAUCUCUUGCUUGGUAUACCGAUUCUAUCAACGCCGGCAAGUUACUCCCCAUCGAUGACUACUUGGUCUACGAGGGUAGGGUCAAGUCGAAAAGUCUUCCGACGAGGUCGAACCCGACUGUCUUGUCAGCAAAAGUCGAGCCUCGUCGCCAAGUCAAAAUUCCUUCCCCAACUCAGCGCCACUCCAGGCAUGGCUCUAGGAAAUUUGGACAACAAUCCGGUCACAGCAGCAGUCAACCUGCUAAGCUCAUACAUGAAACCACAUCCGAAGAUGAAGCUCAUUCUAAGCUCCCACCAGUUCCUGAAUAUCUGCACACUCAGUAUUCUUGUCAGCGCCCAACUCCAUUGCAUUGCCCUAACGAAGGAUUUCUUUCUGAACUCCGCGUCAUCAAGCAGGCGCGGACUCUGAAAGGGGAUCAAAUAGGAAUUCGUGCAUACUCAGCGGCAGUUGCUGCAGUAGCAUCGUACCCCUAUUCUCUGACCUCGGCAUACGAGAUAAAUAGACUUCCCGGAUGCGGUGAUAAGAUGGCAAAGCAUUGGCAGGAUUGGAAAGACUUUGGCCAUGUCAAAGAGGCUGAUGAGAUUCGAUCAGAUCCUGAUAUGCAAGUGCUGAACCUAUUUUGGAACAUACAUGGUGUCGGCGAAGUUAGUGCCCGGGAAUUCUUCAACAACGGUUGGAGACGUCUCGAUGACAUUGUUGAACACGGUUGGGAUAACAUUUCGAGAGAUCAGCAGAUUGGCGUUAAAUAUUACGAUGAGUUCCUCCAACGAAUCCCGCGAGAAGAGGUAGAGAGCAUUGGUAAUGUGGUUUUGGAUCGUGCCAACCAGAUCAGAGACGGCUUCCAGAUGGUGGUAUGUGGAGGUUACCGAAGAGGAAAACCCGAUUCUGGAGACGUGGACGUCGUUUUGAGUCACCCAAAUGAGAAUGCUACCCACAGAUUCCUUGUGGAUCUUUUGGAGAGUUUGGAGAACGAUGAAUACAUAACUCACAAGCUCAACGUUUCGAUGAAGAACAGUGAUAGGGGCCAAAAUACUCUGAACUGGAAAGGUAGUAUGCCUCGCGGGAAGGGAGGCUUCGAUACUCUUGACCACGCGUUCUUAGUUUGGCAGGACCCCAAUUGGCCCUCAAAAGCCGAAGACUUGACGUGCGAUCCGGACGCAAAGAACCCGAAUGUUCACCGUCGUGUAGACAUUAUCAUUAGUCCUUGGAAAACUGCAGGAUGCGCCGUCGUUGGUUGGUCAGGCGGGACGAUGUUCGAGCGGGACCUUCGAAGAUAUUGCAAGGAGAAACUGGGUUUGAAAUUCGACAGUAGUGGUGUCAGGAGGCAGGGGGAUGGGGAAUGGGUGGAUUUGGAGGAAGGAGAUGGUGAUCUAUUGGUGAAGGAAAAGAGAGUAUUCGGCGGAUUGGGGCUCGAAUGGAGAGAACCUACUGAGAGGUGUACGGACUAG